AUGUCCAACACCGACUUCCUCGGGCGGGCAAUAGAGUCCGUCAAGAAGGCCAUCGAAGCGGACACCGCCGGCGAAUAUGAAAAGGCAUACCAAGGCUACUACCAAUCACUCGAGCUCUUCAUGCUAGCGCUGAAAUGGGAGAAGAACGCAAAGAGCAAGGAGAUGAUACGGCAGAAGGCGGGCGAGUACAUGGAGCGGGCGGAGAAGCUGAAGAACCACCUGGCUGAGAACGACAGUAAACGGAAACCGGCUGCCAUGGGUGCUAACGGCAAAGCGAGCAACGGUGCCGGGAAGGGCAAAGAGGACGACGAGGAAGAUGCUGAGAGCAAGAAGUUGAGAGGGGCGCUGGCGGGGGCUAUCUUGACGGACAAGCCGAACAUCAAAUGGGAGGAUGUCGCAGGGUUGGAGGGCGCGAAGGAGGCGUUGAAGGAGGCGGUGAUAUUACCGAUCAAGUUCCCGCAUCUGUUCACCGGCAAGCGGCAGCCGUGGAAGGGGAUAUUGCUGUACGGACCUCCAGGUACAGGCAAGUCGUAUCUGGCGAAGGCGGUUGCUACAGAGGCAAACAGCACGUUCUUCUCGGUCAGCUCCUCGGACUUGGUGAGCAAAUGGAUGGGAGAGUCGGAACGAUUGGUGAAGCAGCUCUUCAAUCUUGCGCGCGAGAACAAGCCCAGUAUCAUCUUCAUCGAUGAGGUCGAUGCACUCUGCGGUCCGAGAGGAGAAGGCGAGAGCGAGGCAAGUAGGCGUAUCAAGACGGAACUGCUGGUGCAGAUGGACGGUGUGGGCAAGGAUAGCAAGGGUGUAUUGAUCCUGGGCGCAACGAACAUCCCCUGGCAACUCGAUGCAGCCAUUCGAAGACGUUUCCAGCGACGAGUGCACAUCAGCUUACCGGAUCAGCCAGCAAGGAUGAAGAUGUUUGAGAUUGCUGUGGGGAGUACGCCUUGCGAGCUCAAAGGGGACGACUACCGGACACUGGCGAAGAUGUCCGAAGGCUACUCUGGUUCAGAUAUCGCAAUUGCGGUGCAGGAUGCGUUGAUGCAGCCGGUGCGGAAGAUCCAGACUGCUACGCAUUACAAGAAGGUCGAAGUAGACGGCGAAGAAAAGCUGACGCCAUGCUCGCCCGGGGAUGCUGAUGCGAUGGAGAUGAACUGGAUGCAGGUCGACACCGACAAGCUGCUAGAACCACCACUUCACGUCAAGGACUUCAUCAAAGCUAUCAAGGCAUCGAGACCUACCGUGGCACAAGCCGAUCUCAAGAGAAAUGAGGAGUGGACCAAUGAGUUUGGAAGUGAGGGCGCGUAG